AUGGCAGCGCUUCUCCCAGAUGAUCUUCUACACAUGAUCUGCCACCAGCUAUGGGAACAGAGGGAUUUCGACACACUCUACCAUUGCGCUCGUGCCGGAAAGCAGCUCGCUGUUCCCGCUCUAGCUAGCAUCUACCGUAUGCACGAUACGGCCCCCGUUACCAGCGCCUACAAUGAUGAAAUCGAGAUGGCCCCACAAGAAAGAACUAGCCGAGCUGCUUACGAGAAAGGACGAGAGCAGCUUAUUGGGAAAUGGGCCAGUAUGUGGAGGUCACUUAUACUCUCCAGCUUGGGCAAGACCUUGUUUCCUUAUUCAAAAUACGUGCGCACUUUGAGUCUUCAGGAUCUUGAGUAUCUGCUCCAGGAUGCUAGAUUCUUGGGCAAAACCAGUGGCAUGUUCUUCAAGGAUGGACUGGAGAAGUUCGAAGUCAAUCGAAAUGUUCAAAUCUCCAACAAAAAGAGUGGUCUUCGAAUCGAUGCUGAGACAACAGCUAAUCGACUCUUGGAAGUGAUCGCAAGGCAGACCCCAAUGCUGGAAGAGUUAUCUGGGUCCAUCCUCAAAGGGGUACUGUCUCAGUGCAUACCAAAGCUGCCAAAUCUACAGCGUCUAAAUGUGUACCGAGGAGAAGCUCUAGAGGGUGCAGGGAAUCUCAUUCGAUCGCAUUGCCCCUUGUUCAAGGCUCUGCAAUUCUAUGGCUGGCAAAAGGAUGAUGCAGACCAACACUUCGCUACUUUCCUAAAUGACAUACGCCCCCAAUCUUUGGAAUCCUUUGAGAUCUUCAGCGUCUCUCAAAUCGGAGCCGAAAGCUUUCUAGCGCUGAACUGUCAUCGGGAGACUCUGACCGAGCUGAAACUCAACGGCAUCAAAGCUGAAUCGAUACCUGCGCUGUCAAUGUUGAAAGGGUGUACCAAUUUGAGCUCGUUGCUGCUUUCAGAGAACGGCGUCGCGACCCAAGAUCUCGAGAAGAGACAUAACGACACUUUCCUCGAUGUAGUUGCUUGGCUUUGCCAGUGCAAAGGGCUGCGGAUAGUCUCGCUGUACAAUCUACUCAGUGCACCAGCUCUUUUAACGCCUGUGCUGCUCGAAAGCAGCAUUCAUCUUACUAAGUUAGCACUCGAGGGGUAUUUGAUGUCAGAGAGCCGGGACUUUCAUCGGGCACUUUCGCAACAGACGAGUCUACAAGAUCUAUGGCUGAAAGGCGAGAGCAGUGAUAACCCCGAAGACGUGGACUUUCUUGUGGGGUCAUUGAGCAAGCUUGAGAACCUCACGGACAUGCGACUUCAGGAAGUCUCGGACUACUUUCUGGACAAGCACUUCUGCACUUUGGCGAAUAGCCUGCAAAGACUUGAAGUGUGGGAGUCAAGUGGGUAUGCUAUUACUGACGCCAUAUGGAGCGACAUGGCUUCUAUGAAAUGCUUGCGCAGACUGGAAUUCAAUGCUCAGACCCGCUUCACCUCAAAUGGGAUCAUGGACUUCAUCCUGAACCUUGGCCCGGGCAAUGAUGGGCUGCUUCUCAACAUAGCGAUGCAGGAUGUGGAUUUCAAUUUGACCGACGAAGAGCAAUCCAUGAUUAGAGAGACUAUUACCUCAGAGGUAGAUGGACGGUUCGACUUCAUGCUAUUUAGAGAAGACGAAUACUUGUCAUUGCUGGCUCAGACAGCUCUGGAGGAGCGUCACGGACUGGAAGCUGACCAGAAAGUGAUUGCUGCUCAUGGCUGCUACGCCAUGACCGCAACCACCGCUCUGACGGCUCAAAAUACUCAGGGUGUCUCUGACAUUCACUUUGUGCCCUCCGACUUUGUCAUCAAGCAAAUAGACGCCUGCAUGACUGACAUUGGUGUGGAUGUUAUCAAGAUUGGCAUGCUAGCUUCCGCAAGGACUGUUGAUGCAGUGGCAAAUGCUCUGAAAAAGCAUGGGGAACUUAUCACUGUCGUUGACCCUGUCAUGGUCGCAACAAGUGGAGCUCAGCUGCUUCCAAACGAAGCCGUCCACAAUCUCCGAACUAACAUCCUGCCGCUGACCACUAUUCUGACACCAAACAUCCCCGAAGCUCGGUUAUUGCUCCAGAAUGCCGGGUUGGGAGCCCCUGAAACCAAUUCAUUGGACGACAUAGUCAAUAUCGCCAGGGUCGUUCAGAGUCUCGGACCCCGCUAUGUUUUGGUGAAAGGCGGGCAUUUACCCCUCACGAAGGACGGUCACAUUUCCAAAGAAGAGGCUGACAGGCACAUUAUCGUGGACGUCCUCUAUGAUGGGCGUGAGGUAGCGAUCUACCAAACGGAUUACCUGCCCAGCAGGAACACGCAUGGCACGGGCUGCUCCCUUGCAUCAGCAAUCGCCUCCGGCAUCGCCCUCUCCAAAUCUCCUGAUCGGACCAACGACAUACCAGACGCGGUGGAAAUGGCUGUCCGUUACGUCGAAGCAGGUAUACAGACGAGUUUCGAUCUGGGGCAUGGGAAUGGGCCCAUCAAUCAUUUUCAUUCGCUGAGCAUGAGGCUGCCACCACCCUUUCCGUCGACAUUGAAAAGGAGCGUAUAUGGAAAGGCCCAAGAUGGAGGAGGAACGGCCAAAGAGUCUUGA